UCUUCUGCAAUGGAUCGCGACACAAGCAACCAACAUCAGUAUGGAGUUAUGGAGACUGCGGAUCGAAAUACUGAUUUCUCCUGCAUAACUGCAAUUCUAUCAUGUUUUGUUCUCUCAGUGAUGUACGUCGCGAGCCUCUAUGUAUGGAAUUCUCCGUACAGUAGAGAACAUCCAACUGUAAUAAAAAAAAGAUUUUUUAGUGUUUUUAUUAUGUCUCUUAUAUCUCCUGCAUUAUUGUAUUUUGGAAUGAAUGAGAAAGUAUUUCAAAAGGCAACAAUUUGGGAGUUAUUGGGACUGCGAUGGCCUGGUUUAAUUCAAGCAAUUAUAAUACCAUUGUUAUUAACAAUGAUACUAUUUCUAGGGCCAAUAUGUGUACAAGGUUUCAAUGGACUUUGGAGAUUAUAUACUGAACCUAUGUAUUGGUUUGGAAGUGUGCGAACAAUAAUAUGGUGGAGAAAUUUAGUAGUUGCUCCUUUGGCUGAAGAAUGGACAUUUAGAGCAUGUAUGUUACCAUUGCUUUUGCAAUGUUUUACACCUACUACUGCCAUAUUUAUCUGCCCUUUAUUUUUUGGUGUCGCUCAUUUUCAUCAUGUAGUAGAUAGAGUAAAAGCAGGCAUGAAUCUUAAACAUGCAUUAUUUAUAUCUUGUUUUCAAUUUGCGUUUACGACAUUAUUUGGAGCAUAUGCUGCUUUUCUUUUUGCUAAAACAGAAAUUAAUAUUUUUUUAGGACAUUUAGCAGCACCAUUUACAGCACAUUCUUUUUGUAAUCAUAUGGGAUGUCCUGAUCUUUCUGAAGUAGUUGCAGUUAAAGAUCCAUUAAAAAGAGCUGGUUUGUUUUCUUUGUUUGUAAUUGGAUUAGUAGCUUGGUGUUUCUUAUUAACACCAAUGACAAAUCCAAGAUUAUUUUAUAAUAAUUUAUUUUGGCAUAAAAAUUUUAUAUGAAUAUGAUUUAUUUGCAAUAAUAUCAUUAAUGUUAUGUACAAUUUUUAUAAGAGAAAAAUUAGUCUAGCUCAAUAAUAUUAUUUAAAGAAUUUAUAUUGCAUGAUAUUUUUUAGGAACUGUUACUUAAUAAAUUGUAUACAUGUUAACGAGACUGUUUUGCAAUUUACAUGAUAUAUAUAUCAUGUAAUCAUAUCUAUAUAUAUAUAGAUACAAUUUUAUCAAAUAAAAUAAGUACUUUUAUAAGUUAGAAACUAAUCAGAUUGUACAAUGAAAAAUUUUUUAUUUUUUAUUUCUGAUCAUGUUUUGUAUAAGAUGAUCAUUGUGUAAAAAAGUUACUAUAAGCAAGUUAAUCAUGCAAUAUAGAACUGAUAUAAAAUCACCGUAGUGCCUCAAAUUUAAUUCAAUUUACAUAGUGAUAUCUUAAAUGCCAAUAAAAUUUUAGGCAAAGUUCUUAAAGUUUCGUAAACGAAGAUGUUAAUGAAAUAUUGUAUAAUUAAAAAGAUAUAACAUUGUUAUAAUAAACAGUGCGUUAUCUUGAAUUGAUAAAAAAAGAGUUAUUUCCAUAAAAAUGUAUGUUUUUGGGAAUUUUUUCUGACAUAAUGUACAAUGUAUGAAUAUUUAUUUUAAAUUUAUUUAACUGAUUCCUACUUACAUGUAUAAAAACCUAUUUACAUUCAUGUAAAAAAUUAACAAUACACUUACUGUUUAUUGAAAUUACAGAAUUAACAGAUAGCAGUAUUAUAAUAUUUGCCAUAAAUGUGUACAGCUAUUUAUCUAGAAAAAAACAAAAAAAAUGUAUAAAAGUUUAGUUAUUAAAAUAUCUUUUAAUGUGGAAA